AUGGCAGGACUUCCCUACGCAGUUCCAUCCAACUACGUGAUUCGUCUCGUUGAGGAGAGUGCCACGACUAACGCUACUCUCGACGGCACAGCCAGAAAUGAACCGACUCAACCCCACCCAGGCCCUCAUCCAUCAUUCCCACACCACUUCCAAUUCCCGCAAAUCUCCCUCCACAAUCUGACCCUGAAAGCCCACUACCACGGCCCACACACUCCGGAGAGCAUCAGGACCUCCACUUCAGGCACAUGGGCACCGGCGACCGACGUGCGCGAAACCCUGAGGUCCUACCACAUCGAGAUUGAGACUCCAGGCACCACGGACAAGGAAGCGCUGCUGAUCCAGUGGUUGAGCCCACAUACGCUGUUGGUGCAGGGGAACAUCAAGCGGCCGGCGAACAUUGGGCUGUUGGACGGCGAGGAGGGCGAGAAGGUGUGGGAGGGCAAGGAUGACGGCUGGGCUCGUGAGGCCGGCCAUGACAAGAAACCAGAAGAAGCAGAUGGCGGUCCGAUCGAACGCACACCCUCGCGUGAAACCGUCGAGGCCGAACUCCUCGCCGACACGCGGCCGUCAAUCCUGCUCUCCGAGCGGAAGGUCGGCCCGUGGAGACGCACUUUUACUUUGCCGAACGAUGUCGACAUCCAGGAGUUGAAGGCUCGCCUGGAAGGUGGAUUGUUGCGUAUUGAUGUCCCCAAGCGCAGUGUGGAGGAUGAGGAGCUUUUGAAGCGUGGUGGUGUCAAGGUCACGAUUGAAUGA